UCUACUUUCCCUAAUAAGACGAUUUGUACCCAACUUAUGCCCCUCGCGGUGCUACAACCCGACGGCCAUGUUUUGCAGUGAAACGGUAGGCAUUCGAGGGCGGAUGUCGGCGAACAUUCGUAUCGCCGAGAUCAACAACUCUCUCCGAGGGUUUCCACGGGAUCCUCCUCUGCGUGAAGGCUGCAUCGCCAGAUUCGUAUCCAUCUACAGGAUUCAAGACCACUGUCAAGUGGGGUAGAUUGGCGUUGCUUUCGGGACGUGGUUGACAUGGCCUUCUUGCUCUUAGCUUCACCCCCUCAAAGUACAUUCAUACCCCUUGAGGAAUCAAAGCCACCUGUCCCAAACAUGCUACGUUGCGCGCGCCCUCGUCUCCUACGUGUCUUAAAACGCCUCCCUUCUCCUCCUCUUGUGCACACCCCACCCGGUUCUCCCUUCUUUCGUUCUGCUUGAGCGAGAAGAGGUGGACGACCAACCCAGGGCACCACAAGAGAUGGCGGAGCUACAAGACGCAGAAUCGAGUCCUUCCCGAUACGAUUACUUUCACCGCCACCAGAAACAAGGACAGCGACAAGAACAGCAACACCUCAGUGGCACCCAAAUCCUCUUCGGUGCCGCUGCCAGCCUCGCCUUGGGAGGGCCACUUCUCGGGACCAUGGGAUGCGACCUCUUAGCCUCUACCAUUCUCCUCCUCGUCGCCGCCCCUCUUCUGCUGCUCUUAAGCCCGGUCCUUCUGACGGCGGCCUUCGUCGUCGCCGCAUCGGUGGUCGGCUUCGGCUUGUCGGCGGCGAUGGCGUUGCUUGGGCUCUCUGCCUUCCGAUGGGCUCUCCGUUGCGUUCGCCAAGGCGGGCCGUACGAUGUCGGCAAGAUCGUGGAUAUGCUGACACUGUCCGGGCAUAGAGUGAAGGAGAAAUCUCCCAACUUUGAAGAACACCACGGGCAGUAUGUUAGCUAUGUAAUCCCAAGCGAGAAGGGAAUAAAUGGAGGAAUGUGAUGAGAUAUAUAUAUAUAUAUAUAUAUAUCCAAGGGGUACACAAAGGACAAUAAUGAUGUGUAUGGAAGAAAGGAGAGACGAGCUUGUUGAGGACUGCGUUUUAAAGAUGUAUUAGCGUGUGUUUAAGUUCC